UAGAGACUGAGUAUUUUUUGCAAGGAACCAUACAAUGGGACGGUAACCCACGGGCGUUCGUUGACAGUGAUCUCAAUUUUUUCGUUGCCUAUGAAUAUUACCAAUCCCAUGCCAUUUUCACGCCUAUAAACUUGCAAAUAAACAACCACAUCUCUCUCUGUCCUCUCUCAAAGAUUUAGUGAGAGAAAGAGAAUCAUUUUUCAUUUUAGAUUUUUUAUUACAUUCAUUCUUACCAAUUAUUUUGAAUGAAGUUAUAUAGUGAGACCAGUAUUUAUGCAGAUUUGGAAUCGAUUUGCGGUUGAAAACAGCCUGAUUUAUCGACGACCAUGAGUGAGACGAAUGUUUCUCUGGAGAGAGUCGACUCACCGCCUCCGGCGGUCGAUGAGGAAGCGUUAAGUUCGCCUACGGUUCCUUCCCCGGAGCCGACGGAUAACUCGCUGGCUACGGUGGCUAAUAACAAGGGAGCGUUGAUGUCGCCGUCGAUGAUGGAGACGUUUCGGACCUGUGUGCUCUCUGGGGGCCGGAUUGACAAGGAGGAGUUGAGGAGGAAGCUUACGAUGCCGCAGUAUCUUCGGCACGCAAUGCGCGAUUGUAUACGUUUCCAGGAUCCAACCGCAAUGAGCCGUCACAUUAACGGCAAGCAAGAAGAAGGUAUUCUCCUUCCGGAGACGCCCAUGGUAGUAUUCAUUAAUACCCGCAGCGGUGGCCGUCACGGCCCUGUUCUUAAGGAAAGGCUGAAACAUCUAAUGAGUGAAGAACAGGUUUUUGAUCUAUCUGACGUGAAGCCUAAUGAAUUUCUGGAGUAUGGAUUGGGUUGCCUGGAGUUGUUGGUAAGUCUUGGUGAUUCUUGCGCCAAAGAAGUUCGUGAAAGAAUGAGGAUUAUGGUUGCUGGGGGUGAUGGUACAGUUGGCUGGGUAUUAGGAUGUCUCACAGAUCUUUACAAGAAAGGUCGGGAGCCAGUUCCUCCUGUAGGAAUUAUACCACUUGGCACGGGCAAUGAUCUAUCUAGGAGUUUUAGCUGGGGAGGUUCGUUUCCUUUUUCCUGGAAGGCCGCUAUUAAUAGAAGUCUUUUGAAGGCUAGUACAGGUCGAAUCUGUCGUCUGGAUAGUUGGAAGAUCUUACUUUCAAUGCCAGAGGGCACAAUUGUGGAAGCACCCCAUUCUCUGAAGCGCACAGAAGAGUUCUCUCUGGAUGAGGGUUUAGAAGUUGAAGGAGAUCUUCCUGAGGAAGUUACUUGCUACGAAGGAGUGUUCUACAAUUACUUCAGUAUAGGAAUGGACGCCCAAGUAGCUCAUGGCUUCCAUACUCUGCGUAACGAAAAGCCUUACCUUGCAAACGGUCCUAUGACAAAUAAGAUUAUCUACUCUGGUUACAGUUGCACUCAGGGCUGGUUCUUAACAUCUUGCACAAGUGAUCCGAGUCUAAGGGGGCUUAAAAACAUUUUGCGGAUGCAUGUCAAAAAGUUCAACUCUUUAGAGUGGGAGCAGAUACCAGUUCCUUCCAGUGUAAGGGCAGUAGUUGCUCUGAAUCUUCAUAGCUAUGGAAGUGGACGAAAUCCCUGGGGUAAUCUGAAACCAGAGUAUCUGGAAAGGAGAGGCUUUGUUGAAGCCAAUGUGGAUGAUGGGCUUCUGGAAAUAUUUGGUCUUAAGCAAGGAUGGCAUGCAUCAUUUGUAAUGGUUGAACUAAUCUCUGCAAAGCACAUAGCUCAGGCAGCUGCAAUUCGAUUGGAAAUAAGAGGUGGGAAGUGGAGAGAUGCUUAUAUGCAAAUGGAUGGAGAACCCUGGAAACAGCCUUUGACAAGUGAAUUCUCUACCUUCGUAGAAAUCAAGAGGGAGCCUUUCCAAUCGUAUAUGAUUAGUGGAGAGUAAUUCAUUGCUUCAUGCUACGACUCAUGUAUAUGUAUGGAUGUAUGUAUGUAAAUUAAUUACAUGUAAUUGAUGAAUUACAGGCACUGGAAAAGAAAACUUUGAAAGUUAGGAUCGUGACUUUAGGGAGGUUCAUUAAGUGGUGCCGUUGAAGAAAACUUUGAAGUUAGGAUCAUGACUGUAGUUGUUUAACUGUUAGAAAUUCAGUUAUUAUUCAUUUUAAUUAUUUUAUUUAUUUUUUAAAUAACAAUUUGGUUUGGAUAUGAGUCAUAUAUGACAUCAUAUUUAUCU